AUUUUUUAGCAUUUAUUUUUAAUUUUAUAAAAUUUUAAACCCUAAUUCCAAAAUCCCACCGCUUAACUCUAAACCCUAAGGUUUGAAUUAAUUAGCCUAAAGGAUAUAAGUGUAUAUUUACCUCUUCAAUGAAACAUAUUUUGUGACUUUGAACUUUGAGUGCUAGUUUGGGAACAAAAAUUUGGUUUGAUGUUAUCCUAGUCUUUUUCUCAUGAUAUUUUGUGUAAAUAACACAUGAAAUAUAUUUUUAUAUUUUAAAUGAUACUUUUGUUCUAAUAGAGUAGAUAUCCUAUGAAAUAGAUAUCUCUCUUAUUUACUCGGUAAAAUGUUUAUAUUGAGCCAAAAAGAAAGGAAUCGAAACCAAAUAUAUUUCUUAUAAUGUUUUUUUAUUUAUUCAAACAACCGUCAACAAGGUGAGAAAUAAAAAUAAGUCAAGAAAGUAAAAUAAAAAUCAAAUUACGGAAAUUAGGAUAUUUUCAUAUACAAAAUUAUGGAUUUGUUUCUAAAUAGUAAAAUGAGGAUUAAUUCCCUAAUAUUUUGCUCCCUAUUCGAUUAAAUAGUUUCUGACUUUGUGAAAGACAGCUUGGGAUUAUAUUGACAGAGCAAGAUUCUGUGCACCUAUCUUCCUUUGUUUCUUUCACGUUUCCUCAUAUUUCUUACAGUAACCUGUUCAAUCUAAAUGGUCAAGAUUUGCAAAAAAUAAAAGUAAAACACAUAAUGAAAUCUCACAAUGGUUUUUUGCUACCCUUAGUCAUAGCUUUUGCCAUUCUUCAAUCAGUCCAAGCUCAAAAUCAACCAGGAUUUGUGAGCUUGGAUUGUGGAUUAAUCCCUAAGAGCACAGUCUAUACGGAGAAGACAACAAAUAUAACAUACACAUCAGACACGGCCUAUAUCGACAGUGGAUUAGUUGGGAGGAUCAAUGAUUCAUACAAGACACCGUUACAGCAACAGACUUGGACCUUAAGAAGCUUCCCUGAAGGUCAGAGAAACUGUUACAACUUCAAGCUUACGGCGAACCGCAAAUAUUUGAUUAGAGGUACCUUUGUGUAUGGGAAUUAUGACGGUCUAAACCAGAUCCCCGAGUUUGAUCUUCACAUUGGUCCUAACAAAUGGACUUCUGUUAUAUUGGAUGGAGUAGCAAAUGCUUCGAUCUACGAGAUGAUCCAUGUCUUACCACAAGACCGGCUUCAAGUUUGUCUUGUCAAAACAGGAAAAACGUCACCGUUUAUAUCGUCCUUGGAACUUCGUCCGUUGAACAAUAAAGCUUAUGUCACGCAAAGUGGAUCGUUGAUGUCGUUCGCCAGAAUUUACUUUCCGGAGACUCCAUCUUACCUCAGGUAUGAUGAAGACUUCCAUGACCGAAUUUGGGUUCCUUAUAGCGAGAAUGAAACCCUGUCGUUAAGUACCAAUCUUCGAGUCGAUACAAGCAGUAACUCCUACGAUGUGCCUCAAAAUGUGGCGAAUUCCGCAAUAAUUCCUGCAAAGCCUACUGAUCCUCUUAACAUAUGGUGGGAUCUCGGCGAUGCCAAAACACAGUCAUAUAUAUACAUGCAUUUCGCUGAAAUUCAGAAUCUUGGAUAUAAUGAGAUCAGAGAAUACAACAUUACUUACAACGGUGAUCAGGUUUGGGAAACUUUCUUUAGACCUGGCAAACUCAACAUCACAACAAUCAUUAGUCCAACAGCGGUGAGUUCUCCAGAUGGGAGAUUCAAUUUCACUUUUACAAGGACAAAAAAAUCUACUCUUCCUCCACUUAUCAAUGCCCUUGAGGUUUAUACAGUUGUUGAAAAUUUACUGCUGGCGACAUACCAAGAUGAAGUCUCUGCUAUGAUGAACAUCAAGAAAACAUAUGGAUUGAGUAAAAAGAUAAGUUGGCAAGGAGAUCCUUGUUCUCCUCAAAUUUAUCGAUGGGAAGGUGUGAAUUGCCUUCAUGUGGACUCAGAUCAACCUCUCAUCAUAUCCUUGAACUUGACAAGAAGCGGACUGAACGGUACCAUAGCCCCUGAUAUUGCUAAUCUUAUACAAUUAAGAGAACUAGAUUUAUCCAAGAAUGAUUUAUCAGGAGACAUUCCACAUUUUCUUGCUGAUAUGAAGAUGCUGACACUCAUAAACUUAAGCGGAAACCCGAAGCUCAAUCUCACAAUUCCAGAUUCUCUUCAAGAAAGGAUAAACAACAAAUCAUUAACACUAAUAAUAGAUGUCAAACCGGGUAGAAAGUUUACUUUGGUUGCUAUUGAGAUAUCGGUGGCUGGCGUGAUCACUGCCCUAGGUAUCCUUACCAUAUGUUUCAUUGUUGCAAGGAAAAAACAUAAUAAAGUUUCAAGCAGCGUAAAUAGUGAGAAGAGAUCAUCCAAUCAAUCAAUCGGAACAAAGGAACGGAUAUUCACGUAUUCCGACAUAUUAAAGAUGACAAAUAACUUUGAGAGAGUGCUUGGUAAAGGAGGCUACGGAAGAGUGUAUUAUGGAAACUUAAAUGAUACUCAAGUAGCAGUAAAAAUGCUCUUUCAUACAUCAGCUGCUCAAGAUUAUAAACAUUUCAAAGCAGAGGUUGAACUUCUUUUAAGAGUCCACCAUAGACAUUUGGUGGGACUUGUGGGUUAUUGUGAUGAUGGUGACAAUUUAGCUUUGAUUUACGAAUACAUGGCAAAUGGAGACUUGAAAGAGAAUAUGUCAGGAAAACGCGGUGAGCAUGUUCUAACUUGGGAAAACAGGAUGCUAAUAGCUAUGGAGGCAGCACAAGGAUUGGAGUAUCUGCACAAUGGAAGUAUUCCUCCCAUGGUCCAUAGAGACGUGAAAACUACUAACAUACUAUUAAAUGAGCUGUUUCAAGCGAAGCUAGCUGAUUUUGGGCUCUCUAGAUCUUCCCCGGUCGAUGGUGAAUCAUAUGUAUCAACAGUAAUUGCAGGAACACCUGGUUACUUAGACCCUGAGUACUAUAUAACAAACUUGCUAAGCGAGAAGAGCGACGUGUAUAGCUUCGGGGUAGUGCUAUUAGAGAUCAUCACAAACCAGCCUGUGAUCGAUAUAACCCGUGAGAGAUCUCACAUUACACAAUGGGUUGGCUUCUUUCUCCUGGAAGGAGACAUUAGGAAUAUUAUCGACCCAAAACUGAUGGGAGAUUUUGAUACAAAUGGUGUAUGGAAAGCAGUGGAGUUGGCGCUGGCAUGUGUAAGCCCUACCUCAAACCGUAGACCGACAAUGCCACAUGUUGUGAUGGAGCUAAAAGAAUGUCUGGAGUCAGAGAUUGCCAGGAAACAAGGGAGUCAAGUGAUGUAUUCUAAAGAUUCUGUUGAUUUUAGCUUAUCUCCUGGUUCCGAACUCUCUCCCGGACCCAGGUGAAUUGAAAGGAUUUAAUGUUUUUGAACAAAUGAUAAGUUGAAAUGAACGUUGAAAAUGUUAAGUUAUCUUUGAAAUUGAACUUUUUUCUUUUAUGUGCAUCGGCAAGCAGUUCGUUUCAGUAGUGCUGUAUGUGUAACUUUCUUGGGUUACAAGAAACCAUAUUUUCUAUGCAUGUGUUGUUUAUUGGGUUUUUUUCUCUUUAUUAUAAAAUUAAAGUUUAUGUUUCAUAUAUUCUAAUAGAUCACUACUGUGUUAGAAUUUGAUAAACAUUCAUGAUUUAUUUAUGUGUGUUUUCCAUUUAGUUAUGAUAUGAUAUAACGAAUUUCUUAUAUGGGAUUGGUUUUAUGUUUUUAAUUUAUACAAGUAGUAGUGUUUCGUCCCGUACUACGUACAGGUACAGAAUUACUAAAAUUUGUUACCAAUGUUAAGAUGUAUUAACACCAUCUAUAUUAUCUAUUUACACUAUUAAAAUUGAAGUAUCUUUUGGUACAGUUAGAAAACAUGGAUACCACUACAAAAAAAAAAAUACUUAUAUUAAUUGUUUCCAUAUUUCACACAGUUUAAAAAUUUCAUUAAGUAUAUUACGUUAACAAUACAUCAUAUAAUUAAUUUUAUUACCAUAAUAAUAAUAGUACAUAUUUUUAUUUAUUAGUUAAUCAUCAUUAACUUUGUGCCAAUUAUAAAAUUAAAAAUAUAAAAUAAUUGGGUUUUGCAUAUAGUUAAACGUUCGGUUUAGUUUGUUUUACUAAAUUUUUAUUUAUUUUUCUUACAAUCUGUGGAAAAUAAACGUAGUCAAAAACCUAUUACAUUUAUUGUCACUUAAUUCAAAUACAUAUUUUGUGAAUACAAUAAUAACUUAAAUCAAAAUAAUAAAAAUGUAUUACAUUUAUUGUCACUUAAUUUUUUGCUCCAUAUAAUUAUUUUAAUAAAUAAAAGUUUCUUUUUAUUUUACUUAAUUUAGCCAAACACAUAGAAAAAAUUAUUUUUAUUAGUUUAUAAAAUCAGUUAAGCAUGGACAUUGGCUAUCCACUACAAGAAAACGUAGCAGUAACAACGGCGGUUUACGACGAAAUUAUUUCCUCGUAAAUUUGCAUGCGCUUUACAACGCAAUUACGACGAGACAUUAUUUCGUCGUAAACUCCAUGGUAAUUUACGACGAAAUGAAUUCGUCAUAAAGUCAAUGUAAGUGUACGACGAAAGUACGUGGAAAGCGAAAUAGUCGUAAACGUUACAUUGACAUUACAACGAAUCAUGUUACCGUUAUAUUUAGGUGAAAACGUGUAUUCAAUGUGCUUUAACUUACCUAAAUUCGUUGUAAAGUCGUUGUAAAUAUACCAUGUAAAAUCCAUGUAAAACUUUCCUUGUAAAAUCGUUGUUAUAUUUCUCUAUAUAUAUGUCAUUUCCCACAACUCUCUUCCUCACAACACACAACUCUCUUCCUCUCGAACCUGAUGGCGUUUAGACUAUGUUCCUCAUUCAGCCACCAAUUACUAUUUCGAAGAUGACGAUAAGGAACCUGACUCAUUUGUCUGUCUGCUAAUUCAGUGGAGCGACAAGGAGAAAGUGGACGGAAGUGCAGUUGGUUUAUACUUGAGAGGAACCUCCGACCAUCGUCAAAGGUUCCUCUCAAGUACAAACCAGCUGCACUUCUGUCCACUUUCUCCUUGUCGUUCCACUGAAUUGGCAGACAGACGAACGACACAGAUUCCUUAUCGUCGUCUUAGCAAUAGUAAUUGGUGGCUUAACAACGCAAUUACGACGAAACCAACGAAACCAAAUUUCGUCGUAAACGCCAUGUAAUCUUACGAAGCAAGUACGUCGAAAAGAAAACUUUACAUCGACAUUACAACGAAUCAUGUUACCGUUAUAUUUAGGUGAAAAACUUACCUAAAUUCGUUGUAAAGUCGUUGUAAAGAAACCAUGUAAAAUCCAUGUAAAAGAUUCCUUGUAAAAUCGUUGUUAUAUUUCAACUACCCAACUCAAAAAUUUCUCUAUAUAUAUGUCAUUUCCUACAACUUUCUUCCUCACAACA